AUGGAAAUCCAGUCAAGGGCAUCUUAUUGGGGCGACCACACCCAGCCCUUUCAGUCUGGGGAGUUCGCGUUGGAGUGUAUCGUGGCGACUUGCAUUGGCAUCGCCUGGUAUAAUUGCAUUGAACUCGUGGUCUUGUGCUUUACAACGUUCAAACGAUACAGCGGAUGUUAUUUCUGGAGUCUGGUCAUCGCCUCGAUCAGCAUUGUCCCGUUCGCCCUAGGCUAUGCCCUGCUCAUCUUUAACAUCUUCCCUAAUUAUUUCGCCGUCGCGAUCGAGGUUGUAGGCUGGUGGGGCAUGGUCACCGGCCAGUCUAUGGUUUUAUGGUCCCGCCUGCAUCUCGUCGUCCACAAUCGGAGGAUCCUGCGCUGGACGCUGAUCAUGAUUAUUGUGGAUGCCUUCUUGUUUCAUAUUCCAGCCUCGGUCCUCGAAUUCGGCUCCUACUCGCCCCACGCGGAAAAGUUCACCCAUGCUUUUGACAUCUUCGAGCGCAUCCAGUUGGUGGGUUUCUCAGUGCAGGAAAUAGUCUUAUCGGUCAUCUAUGCGUGGGCAGCUGUUGAAAUGCUGCAAAUGCUGCCUCGGGGUCAUUAUAAGGGCAUCUUCCUCCAGCUCUUGAUCAUCAACUUCGUUAUGAUCUGCAUGGAUGCCGCGGUGGUGGGGGUUCAAUAUGCGGGGUUCUUUCGCAUCCACGUCUCCGUGAAAGCGAUGGUCUAUAGUAUCAAGUUGAAGAUGGAAUACUCCAUCUUGGGGAGGUUGGUUCGUGUCUCCGUCGUUCCUGUGCUAUCAGACUAUACUCCGAGCGAUCAGGCCGGUUCUAUGUCUCACAUGUGA